AUGGACAUCAGUGUCACUGACGCGGACUCACCGCGCGCGCUGCAGCGCAAACGAGACUUGGAUUACCGAAUCCAACAUCACGCGAACUCACCCGAGCAACGCGAACCUGAAAGCGCAGCCGCGCUGAGCAAGGGGGCCACGAUGCCUUCCUCGUCGAAGAAUCGAUCGACGACCUAUUCUAUUCGGACUCCACCUCGGGUCACGGAAUAA